GGGCGAGGAUUAUAGUGUGCCUGGUUUGUGGUUAGCUUUGGAUGUUGCUGCUUCACUAUCCUGUGCCAAUGCCGGUCUUCCGAUGCAGAGUCGUUUUCAGAUAAACAUUUAAUGCACCUCGGCAUGCCUGCGAGUUAGCUCUAGUGUUGCUCAGCUAAAUCUGCUUGAGCUUGAUAUCAAAUCUAUCUGGUGAAAGAAAUUUGCAUGUUUGCAAGUAGAAGACUUAAAUCUUUUACAAUUACUUUCCCAUUUUUUGUCAGGAUGAUCCGUGUGUUCACUUUUUACAUUUGUACUCAGAUGCCAGCUAAUUUGAAUAGCCGCUGAUGCAAACCCGGAGGUGCAUUCCAUCGAUCAAGAGAACUCUCAUAUAUAUCACACGAUUGAUUGGCCCUGGAUGAUGAAAUUGUCUUUGCCUGGAUUGGACUAAACCUAAAGGUAGAAACUAGAGGGAACUAGAAGCCAUUAUGGUAUAAAGGAGACAGAGGGAAGAUGCUGCAUCUCUCUUUAUGAGCAGUUGCACCCUUUAGCAAAAGAGAAAGGGGAGCUGUCUUCUGUUAGAUUCCAAAGCAUGAGGUUUCCUGCCAUUCAUUGGCGCUCUCCCUUAGCCGUUCCGCCUUUUGGAACCUCAAGUGUGAGGUAGCAAGUUGAGAUAUUGAGAAAAGCUCAAAAGCACCCGCCAUGUCACUAGAUAGUUUCUUUGCCGUCCUAUUCAUCUGAAAAUAUCUAAUAUGAUGUGUAGUGGAGAAGUCAAUUUGACGGUGCGUCUUGCUUAUCAGCUAUGAGGAUUUGCUAACCAGCAAGAAAUUCCCAUUGCUUCUCACGCGUUCUAUUUAGAAUCUGUUGUUUUUCUUUUCAAGGCAAAUCCAUCUGUGGUCUAGUCUCUAACCUUUCUGAGUUAUGCCUUUGGUACUAGCCCUGUCAGACCAUGAAUUACUAUGCAUUUGUUACUAUGCUUUGUAGAAAAGAACACACAUUAAUGUUCUUAUUUUCACGAGUUCUUAUAUAGUAUUUGAAAGAGUAGCUUGGUUAUUUGAGUACUGCUAGUGCUCAGCGCAAGACAGCCAUAGAUACCUUCUUUAUAGUGUAAAAAAGGAGAUACUUUCUGGAUUGAUGUAUUGAGUUUUUUUUUUUUUGCGAAUAAGUUUGCUUGUUUGUUGGUUGAGUUAAGUAGUGUGUCAAAAUUUAGAGAUUAAACAAGAUAUAUUCUUUAUGUACAUACUUCAUUUGUGUAUUUUCCUUUAUUUUUAUGGAUAGAGGUGUAUCACAUAUAGUCGACGAACUGCGCAUGAAGUUGCAUCAGAUAAAUUCUUCUGUGAAUUAGAUACUUUCAAUGAUUGAACAAGUCUUCACACAAGAUUUUGGAACAAAAGAUAAAUUUGCAUGUAAGUCUGCAACAUGGCUACUGGUUUGAAGGAGCUUAUGUUACUUGGUUAGAUAACCUUGCACCACGUUAAACAAAUUACCCCUUGGUAUGUAUGAUUCAAAACAAUAAGACGAUAAUGUUGGGGAAAAGAAUCUCAUUCCCACCAGUAGUUCGAUCAGGUAUGUGCAGCUAAAAGCAUAAAGAUAGAUAUUUUUCUGCUCAUAUCCAUAUUUAUUCUGUUUCAUGAGUGCGUAUAUAUACAGAAGUUUCAUGUAGGUGGUGACUCAUGAGUUGCCAAAACAACUGAAGAAUGGGCUCCAUGACACAAGAUAUUUAGAAGAUGGUGACAACUAAAGCAAUGUUGGGGGUACUUUGACUGGGGCAGCUCUUGUGUCAUGGUCGUGUUAGAGAGGUGUCCAGCAGCUGUCGUGAAGAAGCCUUCGAGGCCCUGUGCGUCGCUUCUUCGUCAUUCUUGGCUAGAGGCUGGGCAAGGCGAGUCCCAUGCCUUCACGUUCCGAAGAAUGGGUUGUCUCCACACCUGGUUGUAUACCGUCUUAUGCCUUCGUGCUUUCUUUUCUUUUCCUGGCCUCGCCAAAAUUUGGUCCCUCGUGCUUUCUUCUUAUGAAAAUGACCUGCUCCCAGGCAUGUUCGAGAGAAAAAUGCUAAAGUAUAAAGAAAAUCUCAUUGGUUUAGGACUCGGUCAGACACACCAAUUUUUUGGCUUCCUUCCAAGUUUUGUGAAGAAAAAAAGCAGGAACUCUGCCGAUCAGUUAAAGGUAGGAGUUACGGUUUACCUGCAGAACAGACUGUUAAAGGCUGGUUUAGGCAUUAAGCAGACAGGGGGUUAAGAAGCAUUCAGAGGCAAAAGCUACACAGGUAUUUUCCUUUCAUUGGCUUUGGCAAGACACUUGUUGUACUGUAGCUGUCUGGAUUUGUAAGAUCCUCAUGUCCCUCAGAUAUUCCAAAUUGUAGUGCACAGGACCGUACUAUUUUAAGUCUCUCCUCUGGUCCCCGCGCAUCGCUUUUCGCGUGCUGCUGCCCCCGUUUUUGUUUUCCUCACUGGUAUAGAUAGAUAUCUUCCCAGAAUAAUUGGUUUCUAUCUGUUCGAAAGGACGAAAUGUCCCUGUUGCUUCCAGCUGUGUGAUGGAUACAUCUGAGUUAACACGUUCCAAAUCAACUGCUUGUGUUCAUGGGAAGGUGAUCUAACAAUGGAACUUGAGGUUUUUCAGCAACUUAAGUCAAAUAUGAAUAAUUAAAUACUAGCAUAUUUUGUUAGUUGGCAUUCAACACCUGUUGAUCUGAGUUCCUUUUAUCUAACAUAGCAGUGGAAGCAUCCAAAUGAUUAAAACAAGGGAACAGCAGGCAUGUCAUAUUAUAGUUUUAUAUAUGCACCUGAGCAGCUCUUGUGAUUUUCCAAUAUUGGUGAACCCAAAGCCACCAAACACCGCUACAGAGAGAGAGAGAGAGAGAGAGAGAGCCUUUGACCCAUUAGUGUGCUACAGCACAGAACUAGAGAUACUUUCUGCUUGCUUACUCCACCAACCACAAGAGAGUUAGCUCAUCUCCCUCUUGACCAGUUUCUCUUCAUACGCCACGUAGGCCUGUCUUACUUUGCUAUAAAACCCAUGCAAAACGAGGAACUUGCCACAAAAACAUCUGAACCCGAACCAUCCAAGCACAGGAACAGCUAAAACUAGUUUCAGGAUGGCUACAGCUGCGUUGUGCUUCAGGGCGUCUGCUCUCUCCGUGGCCUGUUUUCUCCUGGCCUUGCCAUUGCUGAUGGCACAGGACCCUUCGAACCUGAGCCUGGAGCACUACUCCAAGACAUGCCCGAAUGCGGAGCAUGUGGUCCGGGCCGAGAUGGAGUGCGCGGUGCGCGACGAACCACGCAAUGCCGCUUUGAUGCUUCGCCUCCAUUUCCACGACUGUUUCGUGCAGGGCUGUGAUGGAUCGGUGCUGCUUGACGACACGGCAACCAUGAUCGGAGAAAAGCAGGCAGACCAGAAUGUGAACUCCUUGAAGGGAUUUGAGGUGGUUGACAAAAUCAAGGCAAAGCUGGAGGCUGAGUGUCCUGGAACAGUUUCCUGUGCUGACUUACUUGCCAUCGCAGCCAGGGACGCAGUUGUCUUGGUUGGUGGGCCUUACUGGGAUGUUCCGGUAGGAAGAUUGGACUCCAAGGAGGCAAGUCUUGACCUAGCAAACAAGGACAUCCCCACCGCCGAGCAGGGCCUCGUCACCCUCAUUUCCAAGUUCUGGGAGAAGGGCCUUGAUGCCACUGACAUGGUGGCCCUUGUUGGAUCCCACACGAUUGGAUUCGCGCGGUGCGCGAACUUCCGGGACAGGAUAUACGGCGACUUCGAGAUGACAUCCAAGUACAACCCUGCGUCUGCGACCUACCUCAGCAAGCUUAAGGAGAUCUGCCCCUUGGAUGGUGGCGACGACAACAUCAGCGCCAUGGACAGCCACACUUCCGCGACCUUCGACAACGCCUAUUUCGAGACGCUCAUCAAGGGUGAGGGCCUCCUCAACUCCGACCAGGAGAUGUGGUCCAGCAUCGCCGGGUACUCGACGGCCGACACGGUCAACAAGUACUGGGCUGACCCGGAGCUGUUCUUCAAGCAGUUCUCGGACUCCAUGGUUAAGAUGGGCAAUAUCACCAACCCUGCAGGUGGCGAGGUCAGGAAGACCUGCAGAUUCGUGAACACAUAAGCUGAAGGAACCUUUGUUUGCGUCUUCUCCUUUGAUGGUUGAUGAUUGUCUGCAAAUAAGAACGUUUUUCAUAGCAUAUACUCUACUGGUAUAGGUAUUAUCGUCGUCGGGCUACAUUGAAAUAUUUUGGCUGUAUGGAGUAAUGGAGAAUGUACACAUCAUGUAUUUUGAGGGUUUUGCGCAACCUGAUAUUAUUAUGUACACAUCAGCAAUGGAUUCUGAUCAGAUUUUA